GCUCGCACCGCCCACAGGAGUGGCGGCGGCGGCGGCAGCGGGAGCGGCGGCGGCGGCGCAGCGGACGCGCAGCUCCGCUGAAUCUUAUUCCACUAUGAAACAGCUGUCGGCAGAAACUAUUCGUCUCCUUUCAAGUUCUCAGGUGAUUACAUCAAUUGCCAGCGUGGUGAAGGAGCUGAUAGAAAAUUCCUUGGAUGCCAGUGCCACAAAUAUCGAUAUUAAAUUGGAGAAUUAUGGGUUUAACAAAAUAGAAGUAAGAGACAAUGGCAGUGGAAUCAAGGUUACUGAUGUUCCAGUUAUGGCAAUUAAACACUACACCUCAAAAAUAAGCUCUUCUGAGGACCUUGAAAGGUUGACAACAUACGGUUUCCGUGGGGAGGCUUUGGGAUCAAUUUGCUGCAUAUCAGAGGUUUUGGUCACAACGAAGACAGCUGAUGAUGAUUUCAGCACUCAGUAUACUUUGGAUAGCAAUGGGCAUGUAACUUCUAAAAAGCCUUCCCAUCUUGGGCAAGGUACUACAGUAACAGUCCUAAAGUUGUUUCAGAAUCUUCCUGUAAGAAAGCAGUUUUACUCAACAAAUAGAAAAUGUAAGGAAGAACUGAGAAAAGUCCAAGAUCUACUGAUAGCAUAUGGUAUCAUAAAACCAGACCUGAGGAUAACCUUAACACAUAAUAAGGCAGUUAUUUGGCAGAAGACCAGGGUGUCAGAUCACAAAAUGGCCUGUAUGUCAGUUCUGGGAACAGCCGUUAUGGGCAGUAUGGUACCUUUUCAACACUGCUGUGAAGAUCCUGAGAUAAAUCUUUCUGGAUUUCUCCCAAAAGCUGAGUCAAACAGUUCUUUGACAAGCCUUUCAAGUUCAGAAAGGAGUUUCAUUUUUAUAAAUAAUCGUCCGGUUCAUCAGAAGGAAAUACUGAAGUUAAUUCGACAGUACUACAGUCUGGUGACGCACAAGGACUGUACUCGUUUAUAUCCUGUUUUCUUCUUGAAUAUUACUGUACCUGCCUCUGCUGUGGAUGUGAAUUUAACACCUGAUAAAACUCAAGUUUUACUGCAUUACAAGGAAUCUGUCUUACUUGCUGUUGAAAAUGUGUUGAAAUCACUGUAUGGGCCACUACCUGCUACAGUCCCUGGUGAAAGUAAUAAAACAGAUGUUACCUCAGAAGACAUGUUUGUUUAUAGAACAGAACAAACAGAUGUGGUUGUUAAUGAAAUGAGACCAUCUGGAAACGAUGAUCUACAUGCUCGUACUUCAUUCCUUUCAUUCAGCAGUGAUGUGCAAAACUGUCAAGCAGGAAAAAACGCAGAGAUCUGCUUAAAUCAUCAGACGUUUUGUGGUGAUGAUGUACAUAGUUGCCUGGACAAAAAAGAGGUUUCUAAGAGUGAUGCCUUUCCAGACAGUUCCUUAAAUUUAUUGUGUGAGAAGGAGCAGAAUGGGCAGAAUAUGACUGAUAUUCAAAGUAACAGUGUUCCUGUGGACCCCAAGUCUAAAAAAGCUGAUGAGCAUCUUUUGAGUUCUGAUAAUAUUGAUGAAGUAGAAAAAAAUGAGGAAGCCUUAGUCCCUAAAGACUUACCUGAAAUCUCUGCUGAUAAUUGGAGUAUGGGAAGUGGAUUUAAAAAUCAUCUAGGGGGCAACCUGGAACCUGUUAAGAUUUUGAUUCCUCAAGUUGGAGGAAAAAUUAAUAAGGAAAAUGAACAUACUGGUGAACAAAGCAACGAUCCACAGAUCUCAAAUCAAAGCAUAAAGAAAAGAAACGUGAUAAGUGAAAAAUUUGGACAUGUGACGGCUUAUGACUUAAUUAGUAGUAGAAUAAUAAAGAAACCAAAGUCUGCAAUUGGAUUUUUCACUGAAGAAUGUCGUCCAAAAUUGAUAGCUGAUAAUCCAAAGUCCAGCAUGGAGGACAUCCUGCUGAAAAUUGAAGAGCAGUGGAAGAAUUUGAAUGAAGAGGAAAAAAAGCAUUAUGAACUGAAAGCUGCUAAAGACCUGGAACGGUACGACAGAGAGGCCAAGAAGGCUAUGGGACAGGCAGCGCACCAACCAACAAAGGAGGCAGAAAAAAAGAAACCCAAGCUGAAGAAUUCCCCGCCUGGCCAGCAGAAGCUUGACAAGAUACUUCAUGCUCAAAUUGAAAAGAAGUGGAAACCUCAAGAGCCUGUGAAAAUUGUGACAGUGCCUUUUUCUCUGAGUUCCUGUAGACGUCACCUUCAGAGACAUGAGAAAAAUUAUUCAGAUGAACACGAGCUUUUCCAGAUCCAUCGUCAGAGUUUUCCUGAUGUCUGGAUAUUUGCUACUGAAAAAAAGUUAAUGUUGCUGAAUCCAUAUAGAUUGGAAGAAGCCCUGCUACAUAAAAGAUUACUGAUGAAUCAUAAGCUUCCAGUAGAGAAACUGGACAAGCCAAUUGUGUUAACAGACAGUGUUCUUGGUGGAUCUCAGUAUAUGGCUGCUCUUCAUAAAAUGGAGAAGGAUUACCAGAGUUUCAGUGGAUUGGGUUAUUUGACAGACCCAAGGCUUGUAGCAAAUGGAUUCCAGAUAAAAGUGAUAGAAGGUGCUUCAGCUACAGAAAGUCAUCUGGAAAUAGAAGGGAUGGCAAAUUGUCUGCCAUAUUAUGGUACUUCUGAUUUGAAAGAAGUUCUGAAUGCAGUAGUUAAUGGAAAUGCAAAGGAAGUAUAUGAAUGUAGGCCUCUCAAAGUGAUAAAUUACUUGGAGAAGUAGUUAUGCAGUGGUUGGAACAGGAAUGACUCUUGUUAAUAUUUGAUAUACAAAUAGAUAAAAUCGUCCAUCCAGAGACAAUAAUGGACGUGAAGUUUCAGGUGCAACUAAUAUAUGUGGUACAUAUAUUAGUUAAUAUAUGUAUAUUAACUUAUAUGCAUAUAUUAUACAUAAUAUAUAACUUAAUAUAAGUUAAAGCUGGAGUAACUAACAGUAGUAGUUUUCUAUCGAUUCUUGUCUAGAUGUUUCACUAAUGCUGUCCUCAAUCCCAGUUAAGAUCUCUGUUCAAAAAGGUUACCAAAAUAUAUGUUAAGUCUCUUCUUACUUACACGUUUGCUAACAUGCUUUUCUGAAUUGGGCUGCUUCAAAAUGGGACCCGGGCAUUUACACAGAGUAUGCAUUUUUGUCUUUUAAACAUCUAUUAUACAAAUCUUUUCCUGUCUUUUUGGGGGCAGUAAGUUUAUAGCUGCCUUGGGAGCCAGUGAUUCUGUUGUGUACUUCUGAGCCAUUCUCAUGCACUCAUGAAAGAAGCUUAAAGAAGGGAUGAGUUCAGUGUUGAGACAGGAACGGUUUGUAACUUGGUUUGGAGGUGGAAGCUUUAUUUCCUCUACUUAAAAAUACCCAUCAUCCAGAUUGAGUGGGAUGGAGUUGGUUUAUAUAUAGAGAUGUGCACACACACACAAACGUGUGUAUAUGUCUGUAUACAGCUAGAUAUAGAUAUACACGUACCCAUACAUAUAAAAAUAUGUAUCAAGAGAUUAUCAAAGGAAGGCUUUUUAAGAGCAAUGUUGAUUCUGUAAGAAAGAAGAUGCAUGUGCAGCAGUAACAGUAGCAGCUGGAAAAUACAUACUAACUAGGAAGUGUAUGGUUUGCUGUCAUUAAAAAAUAGAAAAAUAAACACUGAGUUAUUUCACCAUUCUGGGGGGUAAACACUGGAAACACCAUUGACUGUUACGUUCAGAAUUGCAGCUUUUAUUGUAAGAUUCGUGUUUGAGCAGGCAGCAUGUCUGCAGCUUUUGCUGCCUUUUGGUAGAGGCAGAAGAAAGAAUAGGGUAAUGGUUAAAGAGGCAGCCUUCCUAAGUAGACAGUAGUCCACAGUGAUCUUAUUCCUCUUGGAAGAGUGGGAGAAAAUCCCAGACAAACAAAAUGAGAAGAUUCAGAAAAAAACAUGAACACUGCUUCAGGUUUGUACAAUGUGAAGGGAGAUUGUAUACCCCAUCCAUUUCUGUCUAGGCAACGCUACUAAAGUACAAAAGAGAAGGCAGUGGCAGGAAGGCCCAACUUGGAGGAGGAAACACAAAACCUGACAGCUGCUUUUUGAGGUUGCUUGAUUCUUUGAGGUGCUUCAGUAAUGGUUUAGCGGUCACUUGUGUUUUCUAGUAUUGAGAGAACUGGAUGCAAUAGACAAUAGUCAAUACAACAUUAAUCUAAAAUUUCACUAUGGUAUUUUUAAAACUUUGUUUAGCUGACUCCAUUUAUGGUAGUUCUAAAGUCUGUGGUAUAGAAUGUGUCUUGUGAACUGGCAAACAUCUUCAGAUGAUACUGGUGCCAACAGGAAAUAAGAUAUUCAGAAACACAAAGCAUCUUGCAAAAGUAGACCCUAAAAGAAAAAUUUUGAGUGCAAAUGUAACCAGGAGACUGACUCUGUGUGACUCCAUUGUAGAAGUGUCAUGAAAUGACCAAAAAUAUAUGUUUAGAGUUACAUUUGUGUUUCUGGGAUAUGGAAUAUUUAUCAGCAGAAAAGAGUGACCUUUAAACAGAGAUGCUUAAUCCUGCUUUCUGGUAGCCCCAGGUUAAUGUGUUAAAAAGUGGUACUUAACCUA